CGGAGAAAACCCACUGCAUUCUACUUCCGCGACGUCAGUAAUGACACGUAUUCAAAAUGGCGGCCGCGGCUAUGGAGACGUGGUGGGCCUUGUUGCUGUUGUCCCUGCUGUCUGUGGUCCGGUCCUUCUACGUUCCUGGAGUCGCUCCACGGAAUUUCCAUGAGGGCGACACUGUAGAUAUCAAGGCUGUAAAGCUGACCAGCUCCCGUACCCAGCUUCCUUAUGAAUACUACUCCCUGCCAUUCUGUAAGCCAGAACACAUCGUCUACAAGGGAGAGAACCUGGGUGAGGUCUUACGUGGGGACCGUAUUGUGAACACCCUUUAUAAUGUGGAGAUGAAUAAAGACAAAAAAUGUGAGCUGGUGUGUGACAAGAAAAGGCUCAGCAUCGAGGAGAGUAAGCUGAUGGCUGAGCGAAUCCAGGAGGAGUAUUAUAUUCACCUUAUUGCAGAUAACCUUCCAGUUGCCACCAGGUUAGAGUACCCCAACAGAGAGGCAGGAGAGGAGGAGGAGCAGAAGAAGGACAUAAUGAAAGAUGUCCAGUUUGAGCAUGGUUACAGACUGGGCUUCUUCGGUAAAAACAAGUUUUAUCUGCACAACCACCUGUCCUUCGUCCUGUACUUCCACAAGGAGAAACUGGUGGAGGGGGACCUUCAUGACUACAGGGUGGUGCGAUUUGAGGUUAUACCACAGAGUGUCAAAGUAGAAGAUUUGAAGGCUGUAGAGACGGACAAAACCUGUACCCUGCCUGAUGCCAGUGGCUCCGCCCCCCAGGAGAUUGACCCAACCAAGGAGAAUGAGGUCCUCUUCACCUACUCUGUCCACUGGGAGGAGAGUGAGGUGAAGUGGGCGUCUCGCUGGGACACUUACCUGACCAUGAGUGAUGUCCAGAUCCACUGGUUCUCCAUUGUCAACUCUGUGGUUGUCGUCUUUUUCCUCUCUGGUAUUCUGAGUAUGAUCAUCAUCAGGACCCUGAGGAAGGACAUUGCUAACUACAACAGAGAGGAUGACAUAGUAAGAAAGUACACAGCUGCCUCUUGUUCUGGAUUCUUAAUGUUCAUUCGAUCACUACCUAACCACAUUUUUCUCCUCUCUAUCCAGGAGGACACCAUGGAGGAGUCGGGCUGGAAGAAUGUCCAUGGUGAUGUCUUCAGACCACCUCAGUAUCCCAUGAUCCUCAGCUCUCUUCUGGGCUCAGGGAUCCAGCUGUUUUGCAUGGUCCUCAUUGUAAUCUUUGUUGCCAUGUUGGGCAUGCUGUCGCCUUCUAGUCGAGGAGCCUUGAUGACCACUGCCUGUUUCCUCUUCAUGUUUAUGGGCGUAUUUGGCGGCUACUUUGCUGGCAGACUGUACCGCACACUGAAGGGUCAUCGAUGGAGGAAAGGAGCAUUUUGUACAGCAACUUUGUAUCCUGCUGUGGUUUUUGGAAUCUGCUUCAUCCUGAACUGUUUCAUCUGGGGAGAACACUCUUCUGGAGCGGUCCCAUUCACCACAAUGCUGGCCCUGCUGUGCAUGUGGUUCGGUAUCUCCAUGCCCUUGGUCUACCUCGGCUACUACUUUGGCUUCCGCAAACAGCCGUACGAUAAUCCUGUACGCACCAACCAGAUCCCUCGGCAGGUCCCAGAGCAGCGCUGGUACAUGAACAAGUUUGUCGGCAUCCUGAUGGCGGGGAUCCUGCCGUUUGGUGCCAUGUUCAUUGAGCUGUUCUUCAUUUUCAGUGCCAUCUGGGAGAACCAGUUUUAUUACCUCUUUGGCUUCCUGUUUCUGGUCUUCAUCAUUUUGGUGGUGUCCUGCUCUCAGAUUAGCAUUGUAAUGGUUUAUUUCCAGCUCUGCGCAGAGGAUUACCGGUGGUGGUGGAGAACUUUCCUGGUUUCAGGAGGCUCAGCUUUCUAUGUCCUUGUUUAUGCCGUUUUCUACUUUGUGAACAAGCUGGAUAUUGUGGAGUUCAUCCCCUCCCUUCUGUACUUCGGCUACACCGCCCUCAUGGUCUUGUCUUUCUGGCUGCUAACGGGCACGAUUGGCUUCUAUGCCGCCUACAUGUUCAUCAGGAAAAUCUACGCUGCAGUCAAGAUUGACUAGUCAUCGCUGGUGCUGCUGUUAUUUUUUUUUUUUCUUUUCACAUUCAGUUUAUAUAUAUAUAUAAAAAAUUAUGUUCUUCAUGUCCAACGAGCACUGACUUGAGUGCAGAGGGAACGAGAGGGUUGCUAAAAUGCAACGGCCCCAACUGCUGGCCUCACGAUGAAGAAAAGCAAGGUGGCAGAUCUGAAACAGCUGUUUCUCUAUCUCCCCUCGCCUUGCUUCUGCCUCCCUCCUCCUACUUUCCAGGACACCUAGAGGAAGUCUGUUCUGCCAGGACUAUCACCUUUCCCACAAAGACAGGGGGCCAAAGCUUGUCAAAUGAUGGUUUCUGCACAUUUUAUCUUUAUUUUUUUUGUGUGUGUGUGUGCGUGUGUUUUGAUUGUAACUUAUCCAGGUUUUUAUUUUUGUCUUCAUGGGAUUUAUUGUCUUGAUUUCUGUCAGUCACGUCCUGGGAGGCUGUUUUCUUCUGAUUUCCCCACAUAAAUUCUGUCUUCACACUUUCUGCUGUCUCCGUUUUCAGACCUUCUUUUCAGAGACUUUACAGAUCAGGGAAGGAUCGAGGAGCGUUUCUGUGGUUAUGUUUGUUUUGUUGAACUCAUAUGGAUGGAAAUUACCCUGGGAAGUUCUGCAUUGUAACCCAAAAAUGGAUAAAUUAAAUCUUCUAUUGUUUUUUUUUUUAACUUCAGUUUCCAUGUGCUGGUGUGACCAUGUUAACCACAACUGUAAUCCAAAUAUUAGCUUCUCCCUCCCAAACAGUGGGUCUGUUAUUCAUGUCAAAAUAUUGCUCCAUUUACUCUAAAUGAAGCAGAACUGCUCUGAAUGGGACUGAACUUGAAUUUGAACCCAAGUACCCAUUUUAUAUUCAGAAGCCUACAACACAAAUGUUUUUCCGCUCGUUAACCGCGCCAUCAGUGUAGCCUUAGCAGUGCCUCAGCCUGCUGAACUAUGCAGUAAUAGGGGGAAAAGUGCAAAUUGGAAAGGUUAUUUCAGAGGACCACUUAUAUUAAGCAAUUUUUAUUUAAGUUUGAGCCUGAUGUAUGAUACAUCUGUUUAUAUACUCUGUUUUGGAAGCCCACUGAGAUCACUUGUGUUUCUGCCGGUAUGGCAGGCACUGAUUGGACAGAGUGUGGGGUGUCCUGGGAUGCAGUGCGUUGAAUGUAAUCCACAGGGUUUUUAUUAGAUCUCUGCAGUUUGUGUUUUUAUGUAGCAGACCCACGUUUGUGCACUGCAGAUCACGCGUCUCCAUUCUUUUCAGUUUUUUUCUCCUAAAAACUUUAGUCAUGCAGUUCAGCCAUUUUUUUUUAAACUUGACAUUCAACUCAAGGGCUUCAUGUAGGCAAGUGUUGUGUUUUACAGUAGCAAAUUAUAAUGUAUAUUAAUCCAGCUACAUAAUAAUGACAUUGAACGACUUCACAUUCUGUGAAAUACACUUGUUCUCUUACUUUGCAAAAGCUAGAUAAGAAGACUGAUACCACUCACAUAACUAUGAGGGUAGCUUGGCUAGCCAUAAAGACUGAAAGAUGAUAAUCCUGAUAUGCCCUAAGGCAUCUAACCCUGCAUCCAUGUGCUCCCAUUACCCAACUUGGGAAGUAAUUUCCUAACUUGGGUCAUGGUAACUUUGGUGUGUUUCAUGUGUUUUUAAGUCAAAAUGUGGAAACAAUAUGGACAGGACAGAGAUGCUGUAUUUUAUUAGCCCCUAGAAAAUUUUACAGAAUGGGCUUAAUGGUUUUUUUUCUUCAGUAUGACCCAAAAUAAGUGAUAUAGACUUCUGUAGGUCCAAAAGUCUCUUUGCAACCACAGAUCCUGCCCCCGUGUGGUAAUUAAAAAGACACUUCUUCAGCCUGUCUGUGGACCAAUCUAGGGCACUGUAUGGGGACAACAUCUAAUUGCUAUAAGCUGGUAUCACAUUACAAAUUAAUUCUAUGCAACACACAUGAAUUUGCCCCAUGAAAUUUCCUAUAUCACCUAAAAAUGUUCUUUCUUCAGCCAUGUUUUUAUUACAGACAGUAUAAAAGGUGGACGUAGCUGCCAGGAUGUAAUCCAUUGGUUUCUGAAGUUUUGUUUUGAAGUCUGGUGUUUCCACUGGUGCCAUCUUGGUCUCAAAAAAACCAGCUGUGAGGGGCAGCUCUGACUGAAACCAUGUGCUCAUUGGCUGAUGACUUGUCGCUGACCCAUGUCAUAGCAUAUUCUGAUUGACAAAACUAAGAUUUAAAAACAGACUUUAUUUGUUAUUCAAUAUGACCUGAAAUGAGCGGCUGAGCCAUAAACACAUCAGUCAGGUGUUUAUAGAGGCCAGGUCAGAGAAGCUGUUUUCCCCAUAGACUUCUACAGCGUCUUUUUGCAUCCACAGCUGUCGCCAUCUGGUGAGCAUUAAAUAGAACUGCAGCUUGGCUUUACUUGUCAGACCUGGACCAUGUUUUGUAUUGGCUAUGGUUUUUAUGUAUGACAUCAACAACAACUGUACAACAUGAAUUUCUUCUGUCAGAAACAUUUUUUUUUCCUGUUAUUCCAACACCACAUAAAUACACAACAGAUCAACAAUUUGCUGGGGAGGAGCAGUGACCAGAGGAGCAGUUUCUGUACAGAUUAAACAAUGAAUAAUAUUAAUUAGUAAAGGUCUAGAUGCAACUUUGCUUUGGGCUAAAGCCAGCCUACCUGGGCAUCCCUUUCUGCAGUUUUCAUGCUAAGCUAAGCUAAGCUAGCUGGUCACGAGCAUUAACUGUUUAUUUAAUGUAGAUAAAAGGGUGUUUUUGCUAAGCUAACUGGCUGCUUGAAGUAGCUUUAUACAAAAACACUUUUUUUUUUGGUCUGAGGUAAGCUGAUUGGUACCUUGCAUAAACUUUUUAUUUAACUUACAGCUAUGGCUUUUAAUGCUAUACUACGUUGCUGCUGCUGUCACCAAUACAGAGAGAUGGAUGCUUUGGGGUUUGAAACUUAAAGCAUUAGAAUGGACAGAUAUUAAUGCUAAGCUAGCCAGCAGCUAGCAGUAGUUUCUUAACUACAUGGAGGCAUUGUGCUAAGUACCAGCAGUAUCUAUUUAUUUGACAGUAAAAUGUGUGGUAUCAGUCUUCCUAUUUAGCUUAGGAGGGCAGCACCUGAAUGGAGAUCAGUAUCACUGAUACGGUAUGUCUGAAGCAGGAGCUAUCUCAGUGAGAACUCAGUCUGCUGUCUUGUGACAAGCAGAGUACCAGGUCACCAGACUGUGGUCUGGCUUUAUAGGGAAAUAUAUUUGCAGUAUAAUUCAAUUAAGCCUGAAUGUUUCAGGCCAAGGUCUUGUUCUCUUUUCCAUCAAGCAAACUCCUAAAAAACCUGCAGAUUUAUGACACACAGCAUGUAAGGCACACUCCUCAUUCUCCAGUUAAAUGUUUUCUGCACUUGUAUUUUAAACAGCCUUCACAGAUUUCAGGGGGUAAUUGAAAUGUUUCACUUAAUGCAUUUGUGGUGGCAGACAUUUUUGCACAGUGCAGGUGACAUGUUGGUGCAGGGCUGUACAGACAAGGGGCAGAUGCUUAGAUAAACCCUGAUUCUCCAGGGCAAGAGCAGAGACUGUAUCACUCAUCCUCGUGGUCUCUCCUUCAUUCAUUAUUCUCAGCUCCAGACAAGCUGGUUAGAGAGACCAGGAGAAGGCCGAAUCAUUUUCCCCCUGAGACUUGCAAUGUGAAAUUACUGAUCAAAGCCCCAAGGUUGCUUCAGCUGAAAUGACAGGAACAUUACUUUUUAUUUUCAUCCUUUAUUCACUGUCCCACCCUGUAUAUUAUGUCGAAGAGUUUCAGAGCUCUGAUAACCAGGCUGCUGUCUAAUGUAACGACAGACACUCCUCUCCUGCUGCUGGCACAUGCCAGGGGAGAUUUUUUACAGACUUACUUUUAACAGGCCCAAGUCAUGCAUGCAUAUGUAUGAUUGAAGGUUUUACAAUGUAAAUAAAAGAAAACAGCUUUGUAUUGUUGCAGUUUGCUGUUUGUGGCGCUCUCUGUAAUGAUUCCUGUCAUCGUUUUAGCCAAAAAGCAUGAUGCUCAUGAUGACUUUCAAACAAACUUGUUUCUGUUGUUUUUUGUUUAUUUUACAGAAUGUCCAAUUACAAAAUGUACCGUGACAAAACAAUAAAGUGAUGAAAGUUGAA